AUGGACACCAAGCGCUGCUUCGCCAACCGCUUCGAUGACUACCAGGGCAGCCUGCUGGCGGGCCAGUGCGAGGAGGCAGUGGCGCCCUUGGUCACCUCCACCAUCGAACGCAUCCUUCAGGAGCUGCCCCCGCUGGGGGGCGGCGCUGAGGCUCGGGGGGCGACGGCCUCGGGCAGCAGCUGCCAGGGGGGUCUGUACAGCGGCGUGGCCGGGGUGGCCUACAUGCUCUACCACGUCUCGCAGAGCCCGCUUUUCGCCGCCGCCCGGGAGCGCUACCUGCGCUCAGCCAAGCGCCUCAUCGACGCGUGCUCCCGCGCGGAGGAGUGGGGCGAGACGGACGCGGACACCCGCGCUGCCUUUCUGCUCGGGGGCGCGGGCGUGUACGCGGUGGCCACACUGGUCUACCACGCCCUGGGCCGCUCCGACUACGUGCAGCCCCUCAGCAAGUUCCGGGCUCUGUGCGCCGUCUGCGCGCCGGUCUCCUUCCUGGAGUGCGGCUCCGACGAGCUGUUCGUGGGCCGCGCCGGCUACCUGUGUGCCGCUCUCGUGCUCAAGCAGAAGCUCGCCCAGGAGGUAUUGACCCCAACACAAAUUAAAGCAAUAUGCCAGGCAAUUCUGGACUCCGGGAAGCAGUAUGCGUUGAAGAAGAGAAAACCAUUCCCCCUAAUGUAUUCUUACUAUGGAACAGAAUACCUGGGGGCAGCUCAUGGCCUGUCGUCCAUUCUCCAGAUGCUCCUUUCUUACCAAGAGCAUCUCAAACCUUCAGAUCGGGAGCUGGUGUGGCAGAGCGUGGACUUCCUCAUGGAACAGGAACAGAAUUGCAACUGGCCACCAGAGCUUGGAGAGACCAUCGAGAGAGAGAAUGAACUUGUCCACUGGUGCCACGGUGCUCCAGGAAUUGCUUAUCUGUUUGCCAAAGCUUAUCUCAUUUCCAAGAAACCACAGUACCUGGACACGUGCAUCCGGUGUGGAGAGCUAACAUGGCAGAAAGGCCUGUUAAAGAAGGGGCCAGGAAUUUGCCACGGUGUAGCUGGCAGUGCCUAUGUCUUCCUUCUUCUGUACCGUCUUACCGGAAACUCGAAAUACAUCUAUCGUGCCCAAAGGUUUGCUCAGUUCUUAUUCACUGAAGAAUUCAAAGCUGGUUCACGGGUCCUUGAAAGCAUAUACAGCUUGUUUGAAGGCUUCUCUGGGACCGUUUGCUUUCUCAUUGAUUUGCUACAGCCCAAUCAGGCGGAAUUUCCUCUCUUUAGCGUCUUUGUUUAA